AUGCCUUCUCUCCCCGACUACACCGGAGUCAACUUUACACCAACGGUCCAUCACGAUGUAUCUCCAUCGCUGAGCCCUGCAAUUCAAAUUCUUCCUUCUCCAUUCGUGGUAUGCAUUACCGGUGCCAGUCGAGGCAUCGGAGCAGCGACUGCAGUUGCAUUUGCUCAAGCAGGCUCUUCUGGCCUGAUACUCACCGCAAGACAUAUUGAAGGCCUCGAAGUCACCAAGAAACUGUGUCUAAGAGCUGCAAGGCUGAAGACUCUGAAGGUAGAGAUUCUGGUGGCAGAGGCUGGCGUAGAAGACGAGCCAGCGAGGAAGAUAGCCAGAGUCGCAGAAAGUACAUUUGGAAGGCUCGAUGUGCUCAGUAAUCAAAUCCAGACCAUGAUGAACGUCAACUACAUUGGCCGCUUCGUCGCAAUCAAGCAUCUGAUGCCGCUCAUGCUCGCCAGCCCGAAUGGAGCCAAGACGAUCAUCAACAUCUCCAGUGUUGGGAGCCAUAUCGUCAUGGCUGGUGUACCAACAGGCUUUUGCAUCUCAGCUCUCGCAGCAAACCGCUUGACCGAAUAUAUCGCUGAAGCCUAUCUGGAGCUCGGUGUGCUCACGUAUUCUGUGCAUCCGGGAGAUGUCCCGACCACGCCCUCGCCUCCAGGGCUACCAGAUUGGAUGAAGAAAGGAGUGAAAGAUGAUGCUGCAUUGUGCGGGGCCUUCUGUAUUUGGCUCGUCAAGAAGAGGCGAGAUUGGCUCAAUGGGAGGUAUCUAUCUGCAAACUGGGAUGUGGAUGAAUUAGAAGCCAAGAAGAAUGUGAUCAUAGCUGAGGAUAAGCUGAAGAUGCGGAUGACGAUUUGA